GAAGAGGAAGAAGAAGAAGCAGCAAGUUGCUCACUAUUGUUAUUGUAUACACAGAGAGAGCUGUUGCCGCCUUCCUACUGAUAAAUCUACACCAAGAUGGACAAUAUUCCCCGAGAUUUGCGUGGUCUUCGUGCAUGUUUAGUUUGCUCGUUGGUGAAGACUCAAGACAUGUUUGAAUCUGAUGGUUGUGAUAACUGUGACGAGUUUUUGCACAUGAAAAAUAAUCGAGAUCAAGUUUUUGACUGCACUUCUACAAAUUUUGAUGGAUUCAUUGCUCUGAUGAGCCCUGAGGAUAGCUGGGUUGCAAAGUGGCAGCGAAUUAAUCGUUGUGUUCGAGGGAUGUACGCCAUUUCAAUUAGUGGUCGUCUUCCAGCAUCUGUUAUUCGUGAUAUGAAAGCAAGGGGUAUUAAAUACAGGCCUCGUAAUAAAACUAAUGUGUAAAUUAUAUUUAGAGUAAGUUUAGGUUUUUCAAUGUAGUUUUGUUGUGAUCUUUUAAAUUCAGCCAUUCGUAUUAUAAGUUUUGUAAGUCCUUGUUUUGAUAGUACAGUAGGGACUAUGUUUAAUGUAAUAUAUAAGGAAGAAUUUUUAUAUAUAAAGUAUAUUAAUGAUAGAUUUUUGGCAACAUAAAUAUUGAUUUGUGUUCUGAUUAUUCAUUACAUGGAAAUUCCAUAAUUUUACUAAAUUUUUUUGCAUUAGAUUGGAGCAUAGAGAAAGAAAAAUAAAAAGGUUACUAUUAAGUUCCAAUUUUUUCUCUUCAUAUAUGAUGAGUAUAGUGUUAUAUUAUCUACAAGGAAAUUUUUCAAAAGUUUUUCACUUUCUGAUAUUAUGAAGUGAGUUUGAAUAUUGACAGCCUUAUGCUACUAGGUUCAUAAAUUACUUUUUUCAUAUUCUCAUGCUUUCUCAUCCAUAAACUUGACUGAUGUAUUGUGACACUGCAUUAUCAUUUUUUUCAAUAAAGAUUUAUAUUCUGUAA